AUGGGUGAUCUCAAGGCCGUCUUCCUCGCUUUCUGUGACAGUGUUAAAAAGGGUUCAACCACCGCAACUGACAAAACUAUUAAAAAGAUAUGCACCGACUGCAAAAUAUACUGCAAAGGAAUGGACGCAAACCGUGUUGAUAUCCAGUUCCGGAAACAUCUGGGAAACGCCAAAAAGGACGUUGAUUUUGGCAGUUUCGUUCAGUUUAUUGAUGGCGCUUUGUCCGACGCGUACAUGGAAGCAAAAAGCAUUAGCAAAGAAGAUGCUGUGAAGCAGUUGAAAGACAAAAUAGCGGCUGGCAGCCCUGCCGGGCAUGGCGUAACGGCAACAAGCAAGGAUGACGCCACCAACCGACUUACUGACGUGAAAAAUUACACGGGUUCCCACAAAGAGAGGUUUGAUAUGGAAACUGGGAAGGGCAAAGGGAUUGCUGGUCGCGAAGAUGUAGUUGAUGCAAAAGCUGCUGCGGGGUAUGUCGGUGGUUACAAGGGACAAGGCACCUAUGACAAGACUCAUCCGCAGCAAUAA